AGAAAGAUAAGAAAAUUGUCAGCAGACUGCAGGACCUGGUGGACAAGUUGCAGUUGAAAGUGAAGACCUACAGGAGGCAGGCUAAGGAAGCAGAGGAACCAUCCAACUCCCACAUGUCUAAGUUCAGGAAGGUGCAGCAUAAGCUGGAUGAGGCAGAGGAGCGUUGUGACAUUACUGAGACCCAGGUCAACAAGCUCAUGGCCAAGGGCCGCUAUGCCGAACACGAACACAUUACAGAUCUGCUGUUACACCUAGGCUGCAUCGGAAAUGGCACCCUAUACCCUGUAUAGUGCACUCCCUUUGACCAGGACUAUAGGGAAUGCGGUGCUAUUUCAGACGCAGACCCAACACACAUGUCCAUAUAUAUCCUCAUCAUCCUCACCACUUGAUGGUUCAGUGUAUACAGGUCGAUAUUGACCUAAUAACUUUAUUGGAGCAUAAUGACUUAGAGGUCUCUGAGGAACCUAUACUUAGAGAAUAUUGAUGCAGUUUCUAAUGUUAAAGAAUAUAAGACAACUCCUACUAAAUGUAUAAAUGAAAUUGAAAGCAAAGCUGAGCACAGAGGCUUACAAAGGAGUACCUUAUCACAUCCAUUGUAUUAUUUCAAGUGUUCAUGUGUGGAUUAUGGAUGAAAAGGAUGAUGUUGAUCCCUUCUUUUCUCUUGUCACAGGCAGCUGGAGCUGAAUAAACAAGACUAUCUCAUUUUGUUUGUUUAAUAAAAAGAAGAUGUUUUUUUAUUCAGAGCCAACAUUAAACAUGUGUGGCCACACUAGUCUCCCUGGUUACACAUGACACAGUACUAUACCCAGAGCUUGAAACAAAUCACACCUCUCAACUAACUGAGUAUACUGGAGUUGAACUAUUACAUUUAGGGUUGUGCAAAACAUCCAAAAUGAUCUGAACAAUGAAGAUCGCAAAUUGUCCAUCAAUUAGUAAUUGUAUAAUUAUAAACAAGAGAUCUCAUCACUCAUGAAAGUGGUCCUCUGUAGUUAGUAGAGCAUGCUGCUUGUAAUGCCAGAAGAGUGGUUUCGAUUCCCAGGACCACCCAUGCAUGACAUGCAUGACUGUAAGUCGCUUUGGAUAAAAGCAGCUGCUAAAUGGCAUAUAUUAUUAUAUUAUAUAUUAUAUUCUCUGUACAAGUUAAACGUUUUUAUUCAUUACGUUCCAGAGAGCAAACACUCUGAAAUACUUCCCAUGUACAGAUUAAAAGACUCCAGCUUUCUGACCUCACCUUGCAAUUAUAUGACAAAUAAGUACAUGUAUAUUACAUGUUUCACCCCCAUUAAAACAUCAAGAGAUAUUGGAUACAGAGUCAUCUAAACUAUACUAAAAUAUUUUACCGGCUGACUGACUGUAUGUCCGCUGCAUUCCGUUUUUUGGGGGGGGCCCUUUAUAAUACAAUUAUAUGUAUACAUUCAGUGCAUUGCUGUGGUACGACCACAUGGUUUGUAUUGGAAAAUGUGUUAGGCAUUAGCAUUAGUGCUAAUCAUAUCAUAAUGAAAUAGUUUUCCUGUCAGCAGGCUGUGUUCCUAGUAACAGCAGGAUGUUGUUGUGUGUUGUGAAGGAGGAGCAGAGUGAGGUUGAGUAUGACCAGGAUCAGGACAUGUGAUGAUAAGUACCACUUCUUCAUGUGACCGAGGAAGAGGAGCAGCCCAGUGGAGAUUACAAACACUUGAUUGUGUUCCACUCAAAACUGGAGAAAAAACACUCAGGAAAGGACUUGCUCUUCUCUCCUGUGGGUGUAGAGUGACUGCUAUUAUAUAUAUUGAACUGAAGACUGUCCAGCUUGUACCCUCCUGCAGUCAGGAUGCAGACCAUUCAGACUGUAGAGACCCAGGUACCUUUCCUGAAGGAGAGCUUCUUCACCACAGCGUUUAAAGACAGGAGGAAGAGUAGUGUGACUAACCUGCUCCGCCGACAGCAACAACAACAACAUCAUACUCACCAUCCGCUUCCGCCUUCUCUGGACGGGGAGGAGCCUCGCAUUGAGCAUGCUCGACUGGGUCGCUCAUCCAGCAGCCCGUUAUGCAACAAAGCAGAGCGAGCAGAUAGGAGCAGGGAGGGGGAGGGAGACAGUGAGUCUGUCAGCCUCCUCUCAGCAGCAGCAGCAUCCUCACAGCUGCUCCUGACACCGACGAGCAGGCAGGGAUUAGUGCUGAGCUCCCGGAGAACCAGUUCAGCAAACCAUGAGAAACAGCCCCAGCAGCAUGGCCUGAUCGCCAAGGGGGUCCGCCUGUUUAGGAACAUGGGGAACCAGGAGGCCAAGCAGAGGAAGGUGGUAGGGGGAGACGCCCCCUGUGAUAGGGGAGCCGAGGACAGAGAACCGGAGUGCUCUAAUAAAGGCAAUAAAUCCAAAGGGGGAGAUGCCGGCAAGAAGAAAUUCAAAUCGGAAUCCAAAAGCUCUGUGUUUUCCAGUAUGCGGCUCAGGAAGAGUCUGUCGAAGGCGAAGGGGUUGUCCAAGGAGGAUAUCCUGGACAGCAAGGGAUCCCAGCUGGAGGAGACUGGUGGGGUCAACAGCAGCCUCUCGGCAGAUGAGCUGGGAAUGAUGUCGGAUGGUGAGCCAGAACAAGGCCACUUGACAACAUCGGGGCCGGAGGACGAGGGCCAGAGGAUUAGUUCAGGAUCAGACGGGGACCUCUACAGCUUCCACUCUGCUGCGGCUGAUCAUGAAGAUCUGCUGUCGGACAUCCAGCAGGCUAUUAGGGAGCAGCAUGGGACCUCUGACGGGGUCCUGGAUAGGGUCACUGUCCCUUUGGCUGAGGAGGUCACCUCCCCCAUCUCUGAUGGUGAUGUUGAACCCCUAGCCCCUGACCCCACUGACCCACAAGAGGUAGCCUCCACUCAGGGGCCAGACCUGGACAAGGGACAGGUGGAUGAGACACCUGUUGUUACUGAUACUGUAGGACCAGACCAAAGUGCUGAGCUUGGACAGUCAGAGGCAGAGGGAGGUGUUGCAUCUGGAGAGGAGUCAGAUUUAGGUUCACCAAGUGACAGUGGCCCCUCCUCGGCUGCCUUCGACACCGAGAGGAGCAGUGGAAGCCCCCUGCCCAAAACCACCAGCACCUACAGCUUCCCAGACACCACCGCCACCACCACAUCCUAUGAGAGCGCAGAGGAGCCCCAGGACGACCUGGAGAGUCCGGUGGUGACCUCCCAGCUGACUCAGAGCCAGAGCUUUGAUGAGGGGGGUAGCACCAUCGAGGGGGUCAGGUGCAUCAGGUUGGGAACGACCUCAGGGUCACCCAGAAGUGUCAGUAACAUGGACCUGACUGUGGAGAGGGAGGAGGGGGACAGGGGGGGAGACUUCCGGUCUAUGAGCAGGAGGAAGAGUAGCUAUUCUGUCUCUCUGCUGACGGCUGACAGUUCUAAAAGAGCCCUUUCCAGAAGGACGUCCUCCACUACCUCCACUGUCAAGCCCUAUCCUCCCAUCCACCCUUCCUACGUGAAGACCACCACCAGGCAGUUGACAUCCCCCAUAGGCUCCCCCAGCCAAAGCCCCCUUAUCCCCCGUAGGAUGGGGCCAGGCUCUGGGGCAGGGUAUGGGGGCCACAAGGCCCAGCUGUGGAGGACCACCAGGCAAAGGUCCUGCAGUAUCGCCGGGCCUCUCAGUCAUUCUGCAGACUGGACCAAGGAUCUGGAAGGCCUCAGAGCUAGGCAUGAGGAUGCCGCUGACCUCCAGGAGCAUGGGGGGUCAGAGAGAGGCAUCCCAGGGGCUAGUCUGACCCUAGGCACCAGACUACGCCUCUCAGGUGUCCAGAAAAGCACCACAGGGCCAAAUCAAGAUGUCUUCUCUGGACACACCUUGUUGGACCGUCUAUGUCUGCAGCAGCAGAGGAAGGGAGUGACGGAGGAGGAGGCGGAGAGGUUGUGUUGUCGUAUGUUGGGCCUGGGGCUGCUGCAGCCCCUCAGUGACUGUUUCAGAGAGCAGCAUGAAGACAUUGUCACUCCAGCCACAGUCACCUUUAAUGAGGACCAGCUGUAUACGUGGGCCACCUUCGGCCUGCCUUCCCACCGCUGGGAACCCCAUGAAGGCCGUACCCCAGGCCGCAUCCAGGACCUGUGGCCCCCUCCACAACCAGCUCAGAUUUCGUCAAAGUCCGGGAAUCUGUCACAAGAGGACAAUGGCAGUGAUAUUCCAGGGCUGGAGAAGACCAUUAAUGACUUGAGGAUAAAGAUGGCAGCACUGGAAAUCCAGCAUGCAUCUCUGGAGAUGGAGAUCAACUCGAAGAAGAGAGGAGAUGGGGACAAUACUGUGGCCUUAGGGGGUAUCAGCCUCGCAGGAAAGAAGAGGAUUGAGGUUUCCGUACAGACAUCCCCUUUGGAGGAGGCCUUUAGAUUUGAAGUGCCUUUCAGGGGAGGGUCAAUCCCCUCCUCAGCCUCUCUCCCAGCAAUCUCCUCCUCCUCCCUCCACAAACCUGAGUUUGUCUGUACCUGCCAACAGCAGCAGCAGAGUGGUACCCAGCCCCCACCUUCUCCCACCCCAGGUAUACCCCCUCCUCCUCCUCCCCUUCCUCCUCUACCUCAGCUCUCUGGAGGGCCCCCACCACCACCACCCCCUCUCCCUGGUGGGGCUGGUCCUCCUCCUCCACCCCCUCUUCCUCCUUUACCAGGUAUGGGCGGAUCCUGUCCCCCACCUCCACCCCCUCCCCUGCCAGGCUUUGGACCUCCACCUCCCCCCACCAGGUAUUGGCCCCCUCCUCCGCCCCCACCCCCGGCGGUGCCUCCACCUCCCCCAGGAUUUGGCCCUCCUCCCCCUCCCGGUGGAUUCAUGGCCCCCAUGGCCCAGGAGGCUGGCCCUCAGAAGGCACCCAUUGAGCCCCCCAAGCCCAUGAAGCCUCUCUACUGGACCAGGAUCCAGCUGCAUGCUAAAAAGGAUGCGAGUGGUUCUCUGGUUUGGGAGAAGAUCGAGGAACCGUCAGUGGAUUUUGAUGAGUUUGUCAACUUGUUUUCCAAAAGUGCUGUGAAGGAGAAAAAAAAGCCAAUAUCAGACACCAUCACCAAGUCCAAGGCCAAACAGGUGGUGAAGCUUUUGAACACCAAGCGAUCUCAGAAUGUGGGGAUCCUCAUGUCCAGCAUCCACUUGGACAUGAAGGACAUUCAGAAUGCCAUUCUGAACAUGGACAACACUGUGGUGGACCUUGAGACCUUGCAAUCCCUGUAUGACAAUAGAGCCCAGCAAGAUGAGAUGGAGAAGAUUGAGAAGCACAUCAAGUCAUCCAAAGAUAAAGACGACGCAAAGCCAUUGGACAAGCCUGAACAGUUUCUCUUCCAGCUGUCCCAAAUCCCCAAUUUCUCAGGAAGGGUGUUUUGUAUCCUCUUUCAAUCAACCUUUGAUGAAUGUAUCUCCUCCAUCCUCCGGAAAGUUGAAAUCCUUCAGAGAGUGUGUACGACUCUGCAGAGAGGUCAGUGUGUGAUGCAGGUGCUAGGUCUUGUCUUAGCUUUUGGGAACUUCAUGAACGGAGGGAACCGAUCGCGCGGGCAGGCUGAUGGCUUCACUCUGGACAUCCUGCCCAAACUCAAGGACGUCAAGAGCAGUGAUAACUCUCAGAGUCUUUUGUCAUUCAUCGUUGCUUACUAUCUGAGGCACUUUGAUGAGGACGCAGGUAGAGAGACCUGUGUCUACCCUCUCCCUGAACCCCAGGAUCUCUUCCAGGCCUCUCAGAUGAAGUUUGAGGACUUUCAGAGAGAUCUACGCAAGCUAAGGAAAGACCUCAAAGCAUGCUCGGCCGAGACAGAGAAGGUCUGUCAGGUCUCUUCUGAAGAGCACCUGCAACCCUUUAAAGAGAAGAUGGAGGGGUUUCUGAGCCAAGCAAAAACUGAUCUGAAGGCACAAGAAACACAACUAGAGAACACUCAUAAGAUUUUUUUGGAGCUGAGCAUGUUCUUUUCAGUCAAGGCCAAGGCGGGCGAGAAGGAAGUCUCUCCCAACACGCUGUUUUCUGUGUGGCAUGAGUUCUCCACUGAUUUCAAAGAUCUUUGGAAGAAGGAAAACAAACUGAGGUUACAGGAACGACUGAAAACGGCAGAGGAGGUUUUCAAACAAGCCAGAGAGAAGGUCUCGUACAGCGUCAAACCCAAACAGUCCUCUGGAAUAAAAGCCAAACUCGGUCAGAAGAUCUGAGCCAAUGGACUGGAGAAGUCUUACCCAGGAAAAGUUUGCACAAGUGAUAUGUCUUUUUAGCUAUUGUAUUUUAAAAUAUGUUAUGUUCUUUUCUUUUUUUAAUAGUUUAUUUCUGUCAUCCAACUGGUUAUACAUGUAAGUAUGCCCAACAUACUUGUUGGAAAGUUUGAUAUAAACCCUGUACCAUGCUUUGGCACUAUCUGUCAAUGAGAGAUUUCUCCCAAGUCCAAAGUAAGUAUUGUAGAAUUAAUUAAACAGUUAAUUAUUUUGUGGCAGAUGCCAUUUUAAUGAGAAAUGCAUCGUUUUACAGUGCGACACACAUGUUCUGGUAUCCAGCCUAUCCCCUGUAGCAUUUGAUAGAAGACACCAGUUAAGACAAUCAUGUUUCAAUAAGCCAUUUCUAUCCAUCCCUGCACUGCCUUCCAGUAUAAGAAGGAGAACAAGAGUGAGCUUGUGUAUAUAUAUUUGCUUACCAGACAGCAAGUCAAGUGCCUUUAUAGCACACUGAGCUAGUUAAUGACAAAUGAGCCAAUUCAAUUAAUCUACAUUACAACCUGUAUGGAUACCAGACCUGCUUAGUGAAAACUUACAUUGUGACAAUAAUCAGUUUAUCAUACACUGUAGUUUCAUAGAAGGAUGAUACGUGAUGUACAGUUGUAGUUUAUGCAAUAAAUCAUGAACUUAACCAUGACUUGAGUUUAGCUGCUAAGGUAUUUAGUACCAAGGUAUUUAGUAGGUCAUGAGGAUUUCACAUCAUCCUCUAUUGUUUUUUAUUAUGGAACCAUAGCUACAUAUUGAAAUAAUAUUACAACUUAAAAAAAUAACCUUAUCCACAUUACAUGUAAAAUGAUAUGCAAUCUGUAUGUGACAUAUCCUGUAUGAUUUGUAUGUUUGAAUUGUUUUCCUGUUCUAUGUUCUGUAUGAGCCUUGUAGAGCUGUUGGUGACUGUGUCCCCAUUUGCGAUAACGCCUUUGUUCCUGAUAAAAUACUAUUUAUUGAAAUGAA